GACCCCGCCCCGCUGCCGUACUCGCACUUUGAACUCUGACCCGUGACGUCAUCACCGGCCGCCACGCUGCUGCACGUGGUCGAGAACCUCACCGGCUCGAGGGAACGAGAGAAACGCGGAGGCGCUCACGACUCUACCCCGACCCCACAGAGCGAUGGGGAAGAAGUCGAAGAUCGGGAAGGCGCGGCGCGACAAGUUCUACCUGCUGGCCAAGGAGACGGGCUACCGCGCUCGCUCUGCCUUCAAGCUCAUCCAGCUCAACCGCAAGUUCGGCUUCCUGCAGCGCGCGCGCGUCCUCGUGGACCUGUGCGCCGCUCCUGGAGGAUGGCUGCAGGUGGCAUCGAAGUUCAUGCCCAUCUCAAGUCUCGUCAUCGGCGUGGACCUCGUGCCCAUCAAGUCCAUCCCGAACGUCGUCACCCUACAGGAGGACAUCACCACGGAUAAGUGCCGCCAGGCUCUCAAGAAGGAGCUGCAGACGUGGAAGGUGGACUGCAUGCUCAACGACGGAGCGCCCAAUGUGGGAGCCAACUGGUCGCACGACGCGUACGCCCAGGCGCGGCUCACGCUCCAGGCGCUGAAGCUGGCAUGCGAUUUCCUCAACAAGGGCGGCUGGUUCAUCACCAAGGUGUUCCGCUCGCGCGACUACCAGCCGCUCAUGUGGCUCUUCCAGCAGUUCUUCCAGAAGGUCCAGGCCACCAAGCCCCAGGCAUCGCGUAGCGAGUCUGCCGAGAUCUUCGUCGUGUGCCAAGGUUACAAAGCUCCAGACAAAAUCGACAGCAAGUUUUUCGAUGCAAAGUACGCAUUCAAGGAGGUCGAGAUCGAAGCUAAGACCAUAAGGGACAUUGCCGACGACAAGAAAAAACCCAAAGCCGAGGGAUACACGGAGGGGGACUACACGCUCUUCCAUCCUCUCCCAGCCACCGAGUUCCUCAAGUGCAGCAACCCCAUCGACUUCCUGAACAAGUGCAGCCAGAUCGUGCUGGAUGACCCACGCAUGGUUUCUCACCCAAGCACCACCAACGAGAUCGCGGAGUGCUGCCGAGACAUCAAAGUGCUCGGGCGCAAGGAGCUUAGGUCGCUCAUCAACUGGCGGACAAAACUGAAAAAGAGUUUGUUGCGGGCGACCGAGGAGGGAGCGGCACCCGUGGAGAAAGCGGCGCCCGCGGAGGAAGCGGCGACGCCGGUGACGGCUACAGACGGAGAUAUCAGCCUCGACUCGUCCGAGGGGGAGAGCGACGGCAGGCAGGCGGGGGCGGUCGAUGGCAGCGACGACGACAACGAGGAGGAGAUGGAGAAGCAGCUGGCCGACAUGAAAUCCGACGAGGUGGCUGACCUCAAAAGAAAGAAGAAGAAGCUGCUGAAGGAGCGGCGGAAGCUGCGCGAGAGGAUGGAGUUGAAGAUGGACGUGCCCGGAGACUCCCUGGCCGAGAGCUCUGACUUCAGCCUCUUCAACCUAAAGAGCAUCAACAAAGCCAAUAUGGCGGAGAUGGAGCAGGGGGACAUGUCUUUGGCGGCUCUCGUCGAGGUGAUCGGCCCGGCGGACGACGACGUCAACAUGGGGGACUUCAACGAGGAGGCGGACGGCGACUCCGCCGACGAGGAGGAGGAGGUCGCGCUGCCGCUGCACAAGAUCCGGGGCGGCAAAAGGAGGGAAGUGACGCCGGAGCCGUCGGAGGAGCAGCCCAAUGCCCUGGUGGUGGAUUACGAGGACAGCGAGAGCAGGGCCCAGCGCGAGACCAACCUGUGGUUCGGCAAGGACAUCUUUGCUGGCCUGGAGACGGAGGUGGACGAGCAGAUGGAGCUGAAACAUGCGCAGAGGAUGUUCAAGAAGAUGGCCCGUGCAGCCGCGAACGAGCACGAGCAAUCAACCACGAAACAGGGGAGUGGACAGGACGACGUGGGGGGCGACGCCCAACCCUCGCAGCCCAAGGAGGAGUUCGGCUCGGACAGCGAUGAUAGCGAUGAUGACGACGCUGCUCAGAUCGCGCGCCUCAAGGAGCUCUCUGCCUCCAUCAAGACCGGACGGCGAGGCCGCUACGCGGCCGCUCCGGACCUUGACCUCGACGACGACGAUCACUUCGAGACGGUCCCGAUCGAGGAGCCAGCGAAAAUCGAGCGAGUGCUGGACGCCGAGGGCCUGGCGAUCGGCAGCCUCAUCGCCACCUCCCGCAAGAGGACCCGCGACCUAGUGGACGGCUCCUUUGACAGGUUCGCGUUUAACGACGAGGGGGAACUGCCAGACUGGUUCACCGACGACGAGCGCAAGCACCGACGGAAGAUGCUCCCCGUGGACAAGGCAACGGUGGCCGAGUACCGCAAGCGCUGGCAGGAGAUCAACGCGCGGCCCAUCAGGAAGAUCGCCGAGGCCAAGGCUCGCAAGAAGAAGAGGAUGCUGAAGAAGGUGGAGAAGGCGCAGAAGAAGGCGGAGGCGGUGGUGGACACGGUGGACAUCUCAGAAAGGGAGAAGAUGGCGCAGCUUCGCAGCAUCUACAAGAAGGCCGGCGUGAAGAAGCAGGACAAGGACGUGACGUACGUCGUGGCUAAGCGGUCCUCCGGCCGCAAGGUCGGCCGCCCCGCCGGCGUCAAGGGCCACUACAAGGUGGUGGACGCGCGCCUGAAGAAGGACACGCGCGCCAAGCUCCGCAAGGAGGGCGGCAAGAAGAAGGGGGGUAGACGAGGUGGCCGCUAGCCGUCGGAACGUCGCUGCCGCUGCAGUUAGUACAUGCAAAACCGGGCCUGCUAAAUGACAUCCUUUUCCGACAUCAGUGUACAUACAUACAAACAACCGCUAGCCGAUCGGUCAUGGGUAUACACAUGGCCUCGAGUCCUCCAGCGCUGUGGAGGCGACGAGGGUUGGUGAAAUGCUGCGGAACUCUUCCCGUAGGCAUCGAGGAGAGGUGCCACACACCCUGGCUUGUCCGGGAGAAGUCAGUACCAGCAACAAUGUGGACUCCACCUGUUCUGUCUGUAUGAGAUGGAGUGUGUCCUCCUCCCCCCCCCCCCCCCCUUGUACACGUAGUAUUUCUCCGGGUGCUCCGUUUUCCUCUCACAUGUAAACACUCAUUAUUGCCCAAUAAUACCUUAAUACACAGAGGAGCGCAGAGCUUGGGGAGGAGUCUGUGGCGGCCCGCGGUGUGGCUGCCUCCACCCGCUUGUCUGUGGCUCCUCGCGCUCCUGGGUCGUCCGCUCUCUCUACAAGAGAGCGGACACGCGGCAUUGCGUUACAACUUGACAUUAUUAUUAAAUUAACAAGUACAACCGUACGUCAUGCUUUUUGCGUUGCUCGUUUUUUGUGGAUGGCAGUGGCAUUUGAAGUUUUUAGUAACAAAAAAAAGAUAAUAUCAGAUACAUUAAAACAAACAUUUAAUAUCAGUUUUAGAGUAAGUUUCCCCAAAAUAUAAACUCAGAUGGCAAAGGUUAUUCUUAAAUAUCAAUAUGCACACAGUGAAGGAACUUUUUAUCGCUUGUGAUAUUCAGAGGGACACAAAUAAGCAAGCACAGCAGAGCAUGUGGAUUUAGGAUGGCUGUUGAGGGCAGAACGAAAUCAAAAUUGUGAAAUGAAGAGAGGUGGAUAGAAGUGGGGUUGGAGUUUUUGAAUCACGGUUGCUGAGCACAGACCCAGAACACGCAGUGGCUGGAGACAAAUAUCACUUAAAGUUGCAAGGCACAACACGUUCCUGGAAUUGAGCGUAGUAAGAACUUUG